AUGGCGCAAGCUUCCUCCAGCUCGUUCUUCCAUCUCGCGUCCAAUCCGGUGGCUCCACGAGUCGUUCUCUGCCUAAUUUUGCUAUUCUCCGCCGCCGGAGCUGAAGCUGGCCGGCACGGUGGUUUCGACUCUCUAGUGAACGAGAACGGUGCAGCCGCGGUAUUGCCAGCAACGGCGACGGCUGCGACGGCGGAUUCCGCGGGAAGUGUGCAGGCCACCGCUACUACAACCGAGGACGGCUCGCCGGUGGAAGCGGCAGCGGCAGCGGCGGCGGCUGCUGCGGCGGAAGAAGUGCGUCGCGCGUUGUCGCACGUGCCUGCGAAAGGCUUCGCCGUGUUUCGCCAGCUGCUCGACGAGCGAUACGACGAGAUCGCAUCCGCGUUAGUGGCGCCGCUACUAGCGGGACAGCCAAUCACGUUGCUCGUGCCGACCGACGAGUGCUUUCACCCUUCCGUGCUAUCCAAAUUCGAGGCUACAAUUGCUGCUACAGCUGCCAUGGCUGCAACUGCUGCAGCAAGGGAGGGUCGUGGCCUAUCAGAAGCAGCAAAGAACGAGCGGCCCAUGGGGCACGAGGAUGACGUGGACGAAGAGGAUAAGGCCAGUGACGUGGCAGCAAGUGGUGACGAGGCAGGAAGGGGUGACGUGGCGGGAAGCAGAGGAGUGGCGGAUUUCCUGUCGGCGCAUCUGAUGGCGGGCGCGCAUUGUCACGAUGCAAUGCGAGCGGCCAGUGGAAGCUGGAAGAUGCCUAUGCUGCAUGGUGGUUCGACCACAGCGCGGUUCGAUCAGGAUCACGCUUUCCCCGGUGCUCCUGCACGAAACUACGGCAAAGUUCGUGUUUGUUCUCGAGAAGGUUCAGUGUACCUUCCAAUCAUGGCAGCAACGCUAGCGGAUUCCUUUUUGGCGGAUCUAGACGACCUCUCCGACAAUGAAGAGGCGCCUCAGGAGCCUGAUGCUGGCGAAGGGGUGGAGGAAGGGUCGGAUGGCGAGGAGGAGGAGGGAGAAACGAUGGAUCUGAAAACUUUCAACCAUGACGACGUGGAUGCUGUGGUUCUGAUUUUCUUUCACUCACCUGCUCUGCUCUCCCUGUAUUUUCAACUGCUACAGGAGCCCGGUGCUGGUGGGGGAGCGGAUGAGGGAUCGGAUGAGGAAGAGGAGGAAGAGACGAUGGAUCUGGAAGCUCUCAACUAUGAUGAUUUGGAUGCGGUGGCGAAGCUGCAGAAGUCUGCGAGAUACAUCGACAUGAUGCGGGUGGGUGGAGGGGUGGAGGACAAUUACCGCCUUAAAUUCCCGGAGCUCGAGUCUUUGGUGCUGCACCCGAUCGAUUACGCGCGCGUGGUCCGUCGGAUCGGCAAUGAGAUGGAUCUGACGGUUGUGGAUCUCGAAGGGCUGCUGCCGUCCGCGACGAUCAUGGUGGUGUCGGUUACCGCCUCCACCACUACAGGACGGCCGUUGCCGGACGACGCUCUGCAGAGGACGAUGGAGGCGUGUGACAGGGCCUUGGCUUUGGAUGAUGCCAAGAAGAAGGUGCUCAGGUUUGUGGAGAGCAGGAUGGGAGGCUUGGCGCCGAACCUGUCGGCGGUGGUUGGCUCAGCGAUAGCAGCCCAGCUAGUGGGCGUGGCAGGGGGCCUCAUGGCCUUAGCUUCCAUGCCUGCAUGCAACAUCCAGGUCCUGGGAUCAAAGCGCAAGACCCUAUCAGGUUUUUCCACGGCCACCUCCCUCCCCCACACUGGCUUCCUCUUCCACUGCGAAGUCGUCCAGGCCACCCCUCCUCCCCUCCGCAUGCGCGCAACCCGCCUGGUUGCGGGGAAAUGCGCCUUGGCAGCGCGGGUAGACGCGACUCACGGGGAUCUGAGCGGGGGAGCGGGGCGGGGCCUGCGGGCGGAGAUGGAGAGGAAGAUUGACAAGUGGCAGGAGCCGCCCCCCGCGAAGCAGCCCAAGCCGCUGCCGGUGCCUGAUGCUGAACCGAAGAAGAGGCGCGGGGGACGACGGCUGAGGAAGAUGAAGGAGCGGUACGGCAUCACGGACAUGAGAAAGCUGGCGAAUCGGAUGCAGUUUGGCGUGGAGGAGCAGUCGACGCUGGGGGACGGGCUGGGCGAGGGGUACGGCAUGCUGGGGCAGGCGGGGUCGGGGCGGCUCAGGGUGGCUGCUGCUGCCAGCAACCUCAAGACCAAGGUCGCCAAGAAGUUCAAGGAGCGAAGCUACGGCAGCAGUGGCAACACGUCGGGUCUCUCUUCGUCUCUUGCCUUCACGCCCAUCCAGGGCAUAGAGCUGACCAACCCGCAAGCAGCACAGAUGUCUCACCUGGGGAGUGGCACACAAAGCACCUACUUCUCAGAAACAGGAACCUUUUCCAAGAUCAAGAAGCCGUGA